CAGGGUGCCCUCCCUCUGGGUGAGAGGAAUGUGACCUGAAAACAUAUGCCUUAUCUCCAGACAAUGGAACCUAGGACCAUUGGGAAAUGAAACUGAGAGAGAGAGAGAGAGAGAGACCUUGAGAAGCUGGCUAAAUCUCCAGAUUCUCAUAACAAACUGACACCUGUGGAUUGAUUGGAUUUCAACCAGACAGUUGGACUUGGGUGAGGGGUAGGAGUCCUGAAUUUCCUUUUUUAUGUAAUCCUUUACGUGCUAAAUCUUUAGACCUUGCUUUGCUCUCUUGUGAUCACUAACUCAAUAAAAAGUUCCUUCUGGGACAAUGCCUGUUUCAAGAGUUCUGCUUUCUUGGGAGAUCUAGUUGAGGCAGGUCAAUGUCUUGCAUGCGCAUCUAAUAUUUGGCUAAAUGUUAUGUGCUCCUAAAGUGUCUUGUAAGGAAAGAACCCUCAGAGGGAUUUAAGGCAUGAUUUAAUUAAUCCUGAAUUCCAUUCUGUCUCAUGCAUCACUAUAUGGGAAAACAUAUGUACAAAACCAAUCACUUUAUUUGGAGAGAAGUCUUGUGGCGUCUGAAAGGGGCAGCCAUUAGUAAUAAAAAUACACGAGAGGCAAACGCGAUUCUAGGUCAUGUACAUCUAAGAAACUUCCAUUCAUUAUUGAAGCUGCUCGUUUCUCUUCGAAUAGCAACCCAGCUUCAGGCUUGAUGUUCCAGCUUUAUUCCACCAGCCGCCUUUUGAAGCCUUUGUUUUCCUCUGAAGAAGCGACCAGCUGCUCCCAGCAGCUUGAACCAAGCCCUCUUGUUCAGUUGAUGCUUCUGCCCGCAAUAUCGUCGCCGAAUCGGAUUCGCCGAAACGUGCACUCAGCUUCGCGCACAGAAGGAAUGAGGUGUACAGCAGGGAGUGCGGAGCACCUGUCUUCCAGUCCCGGACCAGCCACCUCGAGAAGAACCGGCGAGAAGCAGCACAGCGGCAGGAGGGGAGCGCUUGCCUGGCUUGGUCAGAUCGCGAGGGUGAGAGCAAUAGACUCAGCCCAAUCUUGUCCCCCCCCCCCCCGCGUCAGCAUGAUUUUUUUCAUUUAAAAAGAAGACGAGUAAGAGGUGUCCGUGUCCUUUCCCCUUUUUAUCGAUCCAAUACUAUAUCAGACAAACGCAAAGCAAGAGGAGCCAGAUUGCUAGAAGAGAAAGUUAAUGCAAAGAGGCGAUUCUGCUAUAAGGUGGAGGGACGUUCCACGAAGUCGUUGCAAAUUUCAGGCAAGCGAGCUAAGAAAAUGAAAUCGGACGGGGUGGAGAAUGGAAGAAACACUUAACCGAUGGCGGAGACCCGUCUUUCCUGAGUUUUGCAAUGUUGCAGAGACCGUGUUCCUUCAAACCAUCAAAUAUGGAUUAAUUGGCAACAAAGGCUCCCUCAAGGUUACAAUUCUUCAUCGUACGUUCGUUGUCAGGGCUGGACUCUCUUUUGUUCUUUCUGCUAACUGAUAUAAGUUAAAAUACUUUGUCUAAAUAUCCUCUUCCCCUCCAUUCUCGCAUAAUAGCAAGUCAGGGCAAAUUUCAACAGGAAAAAAAAGAUUCUUUCUGAUAACAUCUACACUCAUAAACAACUUUCUCAAGGUCAGGUAUACAGUUGUAGGGACCAAUAGGAGCAGUUCUCCAGUUUUGCUACACGCCCCGCCCAGAGACCCUUUCGGUGACUGCAGGGUGAGGAGAGGGAGGAGGAGGGGCUUGCCCAAAGCCGGCCCUCCACCUGAGCUCCCCUGCCUUCGCCUUAAUUGCACGACAAUUGCCGCAAGUAGCAGAGUUAAGGGUUACAUGGGGAGCCUCGCAUGUCCGACAAGGGCUGCUGUGAUCAAAACUUAACUUGAACCCGGGGAGAGUGAGUACAGCUACAGAAGGCCUAACUAAGCUCUGCUCAGAUCAUGUGGUUGAAUCAAGGCUUAGAAUGUGCUGUGGAGAUGGGGUCCAAUUAUUCCAAGUUAUAUGAGAAUAAUUUUGAUUAUGAGAGCCAAGAACGACAACAACUGAUUCUGAGGGAUCUCUGUACUUCAACAAUUCCAUUUCCAGAGACCCGCUGUAAGAACACCUCUUCUUUUUCAGUGGCCCUCUUGGCGAUUGUCUGGGCCUUUAACACCAGUGGAGUUCUGCUCAGUUUUUUCCUCAUCGUCUUCACAAUUCGAUUCAGAAAAAAUAGGAUUGUGAAAAUGUCUAGUCCAAACUUGAAUGUUGUGACUCUCCUGGGCAGUGGCUUGAUUUACGGCAGUGUGUAUCUCUUUGGAAUUGAAAAACAGAAUCCACUGAGCAGACCAUCCUUAGAGAUGCUGAUUCAAGUGAGAAUUUGUAUAUUGUACAUAAGUGGUUCCUUGGUUUUGGGCCCUAUCCUGGGAAAGAGUUGGCGUUUAUACAGAGUGUUCACUCAAAAGGUACCAGACAAAAGAGUGAUUAUCAAAGAUUUUCAGCUGCUGGUAAUGUUAUUACUGUUAGUUCUGGCUGAUAUUAUCCUGCUCUUCAUAUGGAUCUCCUUGGACCCAGUCCAGUGUCUCCAAAAUCUUAAUGUAGAUGUGAAGGUCACUGACAAAGGAUUGAGUUACACACUGAGUUAUGGAUACGUCUGUAAAUCGCUCUAUUCUGAAUUUUGGUUUAUUCUUCUUCUGGGAUUUAAGGGAAUCCUACUGAUAUAUGGAAUUUACCUUGCAGGUCUAACAGAUAAUCUCAGUUGCCCACCAGUUAAUCAGUCCCUGACACUCAUAAGUGCAGUAGCCAUUAUUUUCCUCUUUAUUGGAAUUAUGCUGGUGGUUAAUAGUUUUUUCUAUUUGUGGCACAAUCUGAUAUAUGGAUUAACUUCAGGAGGAAUCUUUGUCUGUAUGUCUUCAAUAAAUUGUUUGAUCUUUAUCCCACAGCAGAUCAGACAGUGGAAGACUUUUGAAAAACAAGAAGUUGAUACCAGCAACAUGGCCAAAUAUUUUACAGGUUCCAACAAGAAUUUCCAUUCUACAAUGUAUAGUGAUGAAGAGAUAUACCAGCUGCUCGGCGAAAAAAAUACUAUGGCGCAGCAGCUUACAGAGAAAGAUACAGCAAUUGCAAAUCUUCAAGAACAAAUGAACACUGUUAAGGAGAAGUUGAUGAGACUGGUGGCUAUAGAGCAGGGGUCUCCAACCCCAGGUCCGUGGAUCAGUACCAGACCGCGGCAUGCCACAACCGAUCCGCACAAACAAGCAAAGCCCCAUCUGCAGGAUGCAGGCAGCACACAAAACCAUGCCCCCUCCGGUCUGUGGAAAAAACUCUCUCCACAUAAUCGAUCCCUGGUGCCCAAAAGAUUGGGGACCUCUGCUAUAGAGGAUAACCACAGUGUUGUUGGUUCUCCAUUUCUUUCUAUGUCCCAUUUAUUGCCUUCUCAUUCUACAGCUAAUUUUUCUUCAAUGGCAACUGAAAAUCUACCAUUUUCAUUUAGCCAGGAGCUGAAACCAUUGCAGAAUUCUAAGCUCUCAAAUUCACAAUACUUAGCAGGAUUACUUAGUAAAAAAAGGUCUAUUGAUGACCUAGAACAUACAGAUCAAGAGAAUAUAUCAUUAGACAUUACUGCUAAGUGUAAACUAGUGAAUAAGAAGAAUUCAGGUGCUAAGUAUGAUGAAGAUCAAUGGUUUUCCCAAUCCAGCACUUUACUUACUAGGGAGAAGCUACAUGAACACAGUUUCAGCACACUGAGCAAAGGAGCAAGGCAACAACAUUUUUCAGCACUGAACCAAAAGCAAAGCCCAGAAGUAAGUUCUCCAAGCAAUAAAAAAAUUCAAAAAAUCUUGCAGGACCUGAGUGAGAAUCACAUUACUAUAACACAGCCAUUUUCCAGGGAACUCAAGUACAAUUAUGAAAGGAGAAUGAUAUUGCAACCGAAGAAGAUUGGAAAGAAAGUCCCCUUCAAUUUUUCUAGUUCCAUGGCCUCCAGUAUUCAGUGUGGUGUGAAUAAAUCAGCCAGCAGAAUGCAAAGAAUGAGCAGAUUAAUAGAAUACCCUUCUUCAGCACCAAGAAGCACCGAGGAUGGAGAUUCUUUGCAUCAGCUUCCACCUUUGCCAUCACUGAUGCUUAAGAACUCACUGCAAACUAAGCCUGACAGUGGGUUUGGAUCAUUAUACAAUGAAGGCUAUGGCUUGCUGCUAGACAAUCAUCUAGUAGGGAACUAUGCAUCCACAUUGUAUCCCACAAACAUGAGGAAUUUUCAUUAUCAGCAGAAAGAUUUUCUGACAAGAGCUAUUCCAGGUCUUUCUCCCUUGCAGCAUUUUUACUUUGAUUCUGGCAGCAGUUCUUCUGGUGAGAGAGCCUAUUGUCACCAAACACAGGCUUGUGAAAUUUGCCAUUGCAGUCUCUCUUCUUCUAGUGACAGCUGCAUGAUUGACACAGAUCCUGAAUAUAGUACAUUAGAUUAUGCAAGACGUUAUAGCAAAGCUAAACAAAUUGUGAAUUUCAAUGAAGAUUUGGAACCCACUUAUGUAUAAAAAUUUGAAGUUAUUAUACAUUUGGUUUUUGGUAGUAAAUGAGAAUAUUCUCAAAAGCAUGGCUUCUCCUGUAAGUUGUUUGAGCCUAUAAAAAAUAAGUUACAUAGAAACCCAGGUAAUAUAUUUUCUAUAGAAUAAUACCAAUUUCAUUUGUGAUUUACUAGACCUCUUCCAAAAAAUUCAGUAUCUAUCUAUCCACCCAUUCAUUUAUUACUUUUUUCUAAUGCCUGUGCAUAAGGAAGAAGCAUGUUUGUGAGCAAACUCAAAUUACUCUCAGUGUGUUAAUUACCAGAAACAAGCUUGGUUUAUCAAGAAGUCUUUCAUGACUAAUUAGAGAUAGGUAUCCUGAACAGCUAUAAGGAACAUUUCUGGAUCUACUUUUCAGUCUUUUGAUUAAA